AUGUCAGCGAGCGCUACGCACCGAUGGGGCCUCGAUCAGCUAUCGGUCCGCGGCAAGGUAGCUCUUGUAACGGGCGCCUCGUCCGGAAUCGGCCACGAUCUCGCGCUCUUCCUCGUGGCACGUGGAUGCCACGUGGUCGCCGCAGCUCGGCGCGUGGACCGCCUGGAUCAGCUGUGCGCGGAGGCGGAAGAGAUGUGCCGAGAGGGCGAAGGGAUGCGCGGAGAGGGGGAUUAUCCGCGCAAAGAGAGAAGCUCUGAUAAAUCAAGCCCGGUGGAAGCUGGAGGACGGGAAUGGCGGGGCGCCUCGGGAAACGAGGCGGCUCGGGAAUUAUCUGUGGGAAAUCCUGGGCGGCCAGAAUCGCGAUUCGUUGUGGGGAACGAGACCCCGGGGCGCAUGAGGGCUGUCGCGAUGGACGUCGCGGCGGACGAGGUGGCGGUAGAUGUGGCGGUGCAGGCGGCGUGGGACGCGUUCGGGCGGAUCGACGUGCUGGUGAACAAUGCUGGGUUCCGAGGCGGGGGGGCGCGAGCGGAGGGGAGGACUGGCGAGGGGGCGCGACGGGAGGGGGGGAAGAUGGGAAAGGGCGGCAAAGGAUCGGAGGAGAAGAGUGACAGGGCUUCUGAAGGGGGUAGUACUGGAAGCACCCGCGCGUUAUUGAGUGUAAUCAACAUUGCAUCUACAGCCGGUAUUCCUGGUGCCAUUCUCCCCGGCGGUGCUGCCUACUCCUCCUCUAAAUCUGCUCUCAUGCGCCUCACCGUGGCCAUGGCAGUGGAGCUAGGGGAGCAUGGCAUUCGCUUCAACUGCAUCGCACCGGGGAUAUUCCGAUCCGAGAUCACCGAGGCAAGGAAAAAGAGAGCGUGGAGGGGGGAUAAUUGGUGGGGUUCUAUCCACCUGGACUUCACAUCCCUCCUCCUCCUCCUCGCCUCAGACACUUCUGCAUACAUCACAGGGCAUUGCAUUGCCGUGGAUAAGCUAUUCAAGUGGGGUAACAUCCACCCCGACCUCACAUCCGUGCCCCUCCUCCUCGCCUCUGACGCCUCUGCAUACAUCACAGGCCAGUGCAUUGCUGUGGACGGGGGGCACCAUCUCAUGCGAGCUAGAUUGAACCCAAAACUGUGA